UAAUCCUGGAAAUUCAUAUUGAAACUGAUCCAAGAGACGACAACUAUACGUCUGCUGCGGUUCGCUGCGUAUAUAUAUAUAUAUAUAUAUAUAUAUAUAUAUGCAUGCUUGCUUUUCAACUUAACUACCAUCUGCAAAUAUAUAUACAUAUCGAUCAAGUUAAUGGCUCAUGCUACCGAAACACCACCAUCAUCAUCAGGAAAACUAGACCGGAAAACUGUGGAAAGGAACCGGAGAAUUCACAUGAAAAAUCUCUGCGGAAAGCUUGUUUCUCUUAUUCCUCCUCAACACCUCCAACCUGCAUCAUCCAGGGAGUUGGUGUCGCAACAAGAUCAACUUGAUCAAGCAGUCACAUAUAUUAAGCAGUUAAAAGAACGAGUAGAGAAACUAAAGAACGUGAAGAAGAGGAAAUUAGUUCCAGCGAGAAAAGAAGAAGAAGAAGAAGAAAGGUGCAGCGGCAGCGCACCAGCUUCCUUAAAAGCUCCUCCGAUUCUUCAAGUUAGAGAUUUGGGUUCAAGCUUGGAAGUAAAUUUUAUAAGCUGUUGUACAAAAAAUUUCAUUCUGCAUCAAGUUAUCAAGAUUGUGGAAGAAGAAGGAGGUCAAGUUGUGAGUGCAAUCUUUUCUACCAUUGGGGAUAAGGUUUUCUAUACACUCCAUGCACAGGUAAAAGUUACUAGGUUAGGUAUGAACACUUUAGAGGUUUAUGAGAGGUUAAAGAAGCUAAUAAUCAGCCAAUUGCCAGCUAGACAAGAAUGAAGCAGCAGCAAGCAACCCUUCUCUCAAUAUCUUGUAGAUUCCGACAGAAUCAAUCCUCAAUCGGAAUCAUUAUUAUUAUAAUAUAGACCGAUGUAAUAAAUUUUAAAUAAAUAAAUAAUCCAAGUAGGUUUCGUGUCAUAUAUAGAUAGUAGUUUUUCUUAAAAGAUUAGAGAAAUUCAUUAGAAUACUUAUAUUUUGAUAUAGUGAGUCUACUAAUAUGUAUAUAUAUAUAUUUGGAUUGAUUUUGGAAUAGUAUGUCUCAUAUCUGUCCUUCAUAUAUAGCAUAUUCACGCAUGGAUCGGAGGAUAUACAUGCAUGAUUCAAUGAACCAAUACUAUUGAGAUGCA